GCAGUGUACUUGUCUACUUGCAUCAUGUCAUAAAAGUAGCGAAUAGUUACAAUAUAUAAAUAAAUUUUAUUGAUAUCAAAUUUCGAAAAGUCCGACAAGUAAUUGACAGUGCAUCGGCGUUCUCGUUGUCACGGAGAAUUAUCAUUGUUUUUUUGGUAGUUUUCUGGAUUAAAAAUUUCACACCAGGAUGCCUGGCUGCUGCGUUCCUGGUUGCACCAAUUCGAACAGAAAGGGAUUUUUAAUGAGGAAUUUUCCUUCAAAUCCUGAUCGGCAAAAACAAUGGCUCGCCAGUAUUGAUAGACCGAAUUGGACACCUACUAUGCACAGUCGUGUAUGUGAGGUGCAUUUCACCAAGGACAUGUGGGAGAAGGAUCGUUGUGAUGGUAAACGCAAACUAAGGUGUAAUGCUGUACCUGUGAUUUCUCCUAAGCGACACAAUGUAUCUGUGUCGCAAGAUAAUUCUGUGUCACAAAAGGUUUCUAUUUUGUCAGAAAAUUCCAACAAGAACAAUGUUGUAAACAUGCUUGUUGCAAGCAUGACGAAUGAAGGAGAUGUUAAAAUAAAUUAUCAGUAUCAAUUACACUCAGACAAUAUUGAACAAUUAAACGAUAAACAACCAGAAGACAUUUUAAAUAUGUUCACAAUGGUGGAAGAAGAGAUAGACUGGCAGCAACGAUGCGAGAAAUUAAAGGAACUAUUAGCAAAAAGCAAAAGUGAGUGUGAUAAACUUCGAGAUACUAUGAAAAAGCGCGAAGAGUUGUUCAAUAAGAUAAUAAGAAAGAGUUAUACGUACAAGAUGAAUUCAGAGAAGCGUUUGAAGAAAUUAAGGGAAGAAAAUCAGAGUUAUAACAAAUUAAAAAUUAAAUUAGGGGAAAUAUUUAAUGAAGAUCAGAUUAAGGCUUUUACCAAUCCAAAAAUGAGCUGCCGAGAAUGGUCUGAUGAAACAAUUAAACGAGCUAUUCAAUUAAGACAUGCAUGUGGCAGUGUUGGAUACCAACAAAUUCUAGAGCAACAUAUUCCUUUCCCUUGUGAACGAACGCUUCAAAGAAGAAUGCACAAUGUUAAAUUAGAAACAAACAAUGAACAUAUUGGAAAGGAAGAAGCAACUGACUCACUUAAUGAAGAAUUAUAAUAAGUUAUA